GUUGGAACCUUGCGCAAGGAAGGCCUGGGAAGGAGAGGGAAAAGCACUGGCGCCGGGUUGCCGUUCUUCGGUCGCCAUUGUGGAGCAAGCCAGGCAUUCUUACUUGGGCCUUUUUAUGCAAGCUGUCAGCUGUUUGAGUUGCUUUGCAUGUGAUAUGACGGUCUGGUGAGGAAAAGUGCACCGUUUUUGGGGCUGCAAAAGACGGGCGCCGAAUGAGACACGAGGUUGGUGUGGGAUUGUUUGACCUUAGUUAAGUGGAAAGAUGGACGAAUCAACGGAAGAGAGGCCGACCAGUGCCACGCCUGCGCCGCAAAUGGCGUCUCUCUCUCUCGCCCUUUCCCAUGCCUCUCAUCACCUCUUCGAAGCCGCACUGAGCAGGAGCAAAAGCACUUCCGCAAAGCACCGUUCUUUAGAGCGAGUCUCCUGCAACCCCCCCGUUGCGCAGUCACCCGUUUUGCUGAGACCAAAAGCCGUCCCCCUCCUUCAAAAACCGGGUUUGUUGACAGAGGAAAAUGACGCGGCACCCCAAAAGCGAAGGUUCAAGCGACGAACCCCCACCCACAUGGCCGUUCCUGAGCCCGUCCUUACUCCUAGCAGCUCCGCUCUCGACAAGUUGCUCGAAAGAAGCAUGCGCUUAAACCCGUUUUCGUUGGGGGGGGGGAGCAAUGCACCGACGGACGCCGGGGGUGCCAACGGCUUGGAUUUUGACCCCCUAUUGCUGGCGUCGGCGGGAGGGGCGAAAGGAAAGGCGGUAGUGGAACGGGGAGGCCCUAAAACAGUGCUCAUUUUGAUGAGCGACACGGGAGGGGGCCAUCGCGCAAGCGCGCAAGCGCUGAAGUCAGCAUUCUUUCUGGAGUUUGGGACGCAGUAUGAGGUGAUCAUCGUAGAUAUGUGGAAGGAGCACACCCCGUGGCCGUUCAACACGUUCCCCGACAGCUACAGCUUCAUGGUGAAGCACGAGUGGAUCUGGAAGCUCGCGUUCGACUUCAGCAGCCCCAAAUUUAUCCACCAGCCGCACUUUGUCGCCACCACCGCCUUCGUUGCCAGGGAGAUGGCCAAGGCGUUCGUCAAGUACAAGCCUGACAUCAUCGUUAGCGUGCACCCGCUGAUGCAGCACGUGCCCCUGCGCGUCCUCCGCUCGCGCGGCCUCCUCCACCGCAUCCCCUUCACCACCGUCAUUACCGACCUCGACACCUGCCACCCCACCUGGUUCCACAAGCUGGUGACGACGUGUUUCUGCCCCACGGACAGGGUGGGCGAGCGCGCGCUCAAGGCGGGCCUCCAACCGGGCCAGGUCCGAGUGCACGGUCUGCCCAUUCGCCCAGAUUUCGCGCGCAAGUUACCGCCCAGGAAAGAGCUUCGGCAGCAGCUCGCGAUGCACCCGACGCUGCCAGCUGUCAUUCUCAUCGGCGGGGGGGAGGGCAUGGGCCCCGUAGAAGCGACGGCCCGGGCACUUGCGGACGUCCUCGGGGGGACGAGCGGAACCGCCCCCUUGGGGCAGCUGAUCAUCAUUUGCGGGCGAAACAAGAAGCUGCAGUCCAUCCUAGAAGCGGUGGAUUGGCCCAUGCCGACGCAGGUGCAGGGCUUCGUGAAGAACAUGCCCGAGUGGAUGGCCGCCUCGGAUUGCGUCAUCACCAAGGCAGGGCCGGGGACGAUCGCUGAGGCGCUCAUCCGGGGACUGCCCAUCGUGCUGAACGACUUCAUCGCUGGACAGGAGACGGGAAACGUGCCGUUCGUCGUGGAGAAUGGCUGUGGCAAGUACAGUGACGUACCCACCGAGAUCGCCACCAUUGUGGCCGAGUGGUUCGGGGAGAAGAAGGGCGAGCUGACCGCGAUGAAGGAGCGGGCUCUCAAGCUGGCCAGGCCGGACGCCGUGUUCAACAUUGUUAGGGACCUAGACAAGCUAGUGAGGAAGGCACAAGAAGCGUACGGUAGCAAGGGCGUUGUUUAUGUAUAGUACUUGCGUGUAUUCUAGCUUGAGCCGAGUCCGACGGUUAUACGGCACAGACGGCUGCAUUGCUGAGUUUGGACUAGUCUGUCAAAACCGAGAUUGGCGGGCUGUUGCCAGUUGGCCCGUCUUGACGAGCUCCACCGCGCAUUCAAGAUACGUUGCUUUGUGAAUGAGGAUGUGUGCAGUUACCUCCC